CGUGGGCGAAGGGCUCAGAUGCGGACUGAGGCUGGGCGGGGGCACCCGGGCUGGCCGGGAAUCCCGAGGCCCCGCCCCCGUCAGGUGGGGCCCCGCGUCUUCGGUUGCCUGGCAACCGGUCUCCCGGGCGACGCGAGACGCUGAGCCCAGGGUGGGAAAGUGCUGGGAGACCCGAGGCCCCAUGGCUCAGAAACCCAUCAGCACCGCCGCGGCCGAGCGCAUGAACCUCGUGGCCCAGGAUGAGAUCUGGAAAUACCGCCUGAAGGCUGAAACUGAGGCACGGCAAAACUGGGCCAAGAACUGGGGAUUUUUAUCAACCCCCCUCGAGGAGUUGCUCAAAUGUGAAGAAGAGGAACCCCACACCCCAAAGCCCAAAAUCGAGCUUCCCGAGCAUUUCCGCCUCCGGCCAGUGACCCCCGUGGAGAAAUACAUCAAGGUCCUGCCAUCACCCCCAGUUCCACAAACCAGCCAGGGCUUCAUCGGCUGGAGGUCCGGGGUGCCCGGCCUCCACAAGUGCCUGGAGCACGAUUACGAGAUCAGAAGCUGCAAAGGGGCCUACGCCAGGGAGCUGGGCUGGCCCCGGCAGGGCAUCCACUGAGCCCGCGGCGCCUCACCCGGCCGGGGGCUGGAAAGGCACCUAAGCUUCCCUCCAAGACGUAGUUGCUGCCGUGUUUGCUUCUGGAACGUUGCAGAGAACCCAGAGCAUCCCCUUCGACUAAUUCAUCAGUGACCCCCUUCCAGAAUGUUUGCGCAACACUCCUGUUCUUAGCUAAUAGGAAAAAGGCUAAAACGAU